AUGGCACAGCCUAAUUCGAAGUUCAAUCUUACCGGACGUAAAGUCACGGCACCAAUUGCAGCCUUUACUAUGGCUAUUUUACUCUUUGUUUACGCAAGGACGUCAAUUCAAGCUGCCAAAAGAAACGCGCAGAGGCAUCGAGAGGCUGACGGUGGUCAAAUAAAUUGGCACAACGAAUCCCUUCGUCGUCAUGGAAAAUUAGAACCACCCGAAUCGCAAGGAACUGUGGGACAGAUAGUCGGGCUGGCGAAGGAGAAUAUGAAUAAGAAAGAUGGCCCAGAGGGAGGGGAAACAGAAGCGGAGAGAAGAGUUAGAGAGGCGAGGGUUGGGAAGAGAAGUUAA